AAAACCUAAUUCUUAUUCCUCAACCCUCCCUUCACUCUUUCCCCUUUUUUCUCGUGUUAACAAGAUUAUGUUAGUUAGUUAUUACGUAGUAGAUGUAUCAGAGUCUGAGAAUAAUGAUAUGGAUAUUGUACUCUAUCUUAAUUAUGGAUUAAGUAUGUUUCGGUAUAAGAUACGUUGAACCUUAUUAAGAAUGAUUUUCUCUUCCUCGACUUCAUGAUAUAUUAGGUGCAUUCAAUGUUAUAAUUGAAAAUCUACAUGUAAAAUUUUAGGUAUUAUAAUGUUGGAUGUACGGGUCGGGUAUUACCCAUGGGUACCUGAAACCCACGGGUGCGGGGGAUGGGUUUGCAAAAUCUUUCACAGCAUGGGGAUGGGGCGGGUGUGGGUAUAGAUAAUUGAAAGCGAGGAUGAGGAUGGUUUAGCCAAACCUGCCCCAUUGCCAUCCCUAUGGACGGAUGAUUCAAGAUAAUUUUGUCAUUGACGUUCUUGGAAUAACACCUCUCCCCACAGUAUCGCGCUCCGCCUAAAAGGACCCUACAUCAACCACUCUGUACUGAGAUUAUGGCGGAACACCUGAGCGGAAUACCGCCCGCCCUCCCCACACACAAUGGAACAACGUACCCAGAAGACCACGUCAGCAGCUUCUGCCUCCGCAUGCAGCUACAAACAAACUCAAACGCGACACUAUGCAGGACCUUCUCGUCCAUGUUCGCAGGCAUAUGUCUAGACUAGUACAACCGUCUCCCCAACGGAAUCAUCCGCACGUUCGAGGAAUUCAUUCUACUGUUCACAACGAAGUUCGCCUCACAAAAACGAAGGUCGCUUCACCUCAAAGCUUUGAUCGACCUAAAACAGAAGGACGGGAAGCCGUGCGGGCAUUCUACGUCAGAUGGUCGAGAACCGCGAUGGUGGUACGUUACCUGACACCGGAGACCGCUUCCCACCACCUCAUGGAAGCCACCACCAAUGCGGAGUUGAAACGCGCGCUGGCAAAGCGUCCCGUUGACUCGCUCCUACCAUCACUCUAGAAAAUGGCCAAGUGUAACCACCUCCUAAAGCAUAGUAUAGCGGGUUUGGGUUUUAAUGUCAACCCGGAUCCUAGAUGUGAUGACUACUCCGUGAGUUCUUAUUAUUUAGCAGUGAAACUUUAGUGAAGGUCUAAACAAGCAAACAAGCAAAGCAAGUAAAAAGGUUGUUUUCGAGUCGAGAGAGGUCACCCGGAUAUGGUUCCCCCUAGACUGCAGUUAAGCCGGAUUGUAAUUUACCAAGUUUAGGUUCAAUGAUAGUUAUACUGCGGGAGAUUCUUAAACAGUCUGAAGUCUCGACUAAAGGUCUCCAGACCCUCUCAAUCUGAGUCUCCAGUGGGCGACUAACCUCCACCAGAGUAAACAGAUUGAGGCCCUAACGAACCAAACCUCCACUACCGAAGUAAAUUCGGUACAAAAUAGUGAAUUGACUCCUCGACUAAAGUCGCCAAUUCACUACCUUCAAUCAAGGGUGCUCUAUCAACCUAGACAGAUAUUCUCUUUCUAGGUUAAAUCAGAAACAACAGAAAUUUUAUCAGGAUUCAUGCCAUUCAACAAAUCAAACCUCAAUUGAACAUAAUCAUACCACUGAAUCUGUACUUGGGUUCAUACAAUCAUACCUAACAUACAAAUCUAGGGUUCUUCAUACCCAGGUGAAUAAGAAAGCUACUCCAUAGAGAGAGAUGGAAAAUCUAGCUCAGAUGCGGAAACCAUAUUGUGAAGGAUGGGAAUCUGCUUCUGGCACUCAAUCAGAUCUUCUCCAAGCUCAAGUCGCGCUCCAAUGGUGAUGGAGAUCGAUCAAGGACACUUGCAGAACCAGGUUCGUCACUUUCUCUCUCUAGGUAUCGCUUUUUCUCUCUAAAACUCUUAACCCUUCACUUUUGCCCUUCUUUUCCCUUAAGAAGCUGUCUGUCGCGAUCCCCGGCCUGAAUACCCGGUCGGGUAUUUUGGGUGGCGACCGGGUAUUAUCAAAACGCACCGUCGGGGAACAUGGGAAAAUCCCCGGUCAAGGCAAGAAAUACUCGACCGGGGAUUUCUGCUUACUGCCCGGGCCCCCUUCUGCUUCUCAGAGACGCCCGAAACAUAAAUUCCCCGGUCUGCUCCAAAUAAUACCCGGCCGGGUAUUUCUGCUCAUGGUCGGGUAUUUUGCUCCUCAAGCACACUUCACCCCAAACGUGCUCCUUUCGACCCGAAACUCGUUUCUUCGCCUCGAUGCCAACGCUAAGCCCUGAAAUAUGACGUAAACGCACAACCUAGCUUGAAAUUGACUCAAAACACGAGAAUCAACAUCUCAAAUGGCUCAAGAAUAGGGGUAAAAACAUGUGCAAUCAAUGGUCUAUCACCCGUCACACUGUCCUCGGAGUUGGAGGCAAAAAACGAGAAAGCCAUCACCUUAGAGGAAACCCUCGGAGCGGGAUCUGUCCGUCGUUACGAACCAACCAAGCCACCAAGAGACGAGCAAAGGAGACGGGAUCCGCAACCACUCAUGCAGUACCAUAGCGGAUAUGGAAAACCCCUAGCCCCACCAGAGCCGGCACGCUUAGACGCUCUCCAGACAGGCGCCCGCCCAUCAGCUUCACCCUUCUUAACGACUCAGUAAAGAACAUAUUCCACC